AUGACCAGAGUGGAAAGAGCAACGAUGAGCGUGGAGGACGGACGAAGCGCCGCCGCCGAAAAUCUUGUGCGGAUCCUGGCCUUCGAACUUCCGCAAUUCCUCGCGGCCGACAGGAGAAGCAGGCAAGCACAACAACAGGAGAAGGAGAGGCGGCGCGCUGCGGCCGCCCUUCUCCGCCAGGCAAGCGUGAUUCGCAUCCAAACUCAUUGGCGCCAGUUUCGCCAGAGACAGAAGCGGCGGGCGCGACUGCGUAGCGCUCUCGAUCUGGUUCGCCGCUUCGAGCGGAGACGCCUGAGCGCGCUCUUCUUGCACGCCCUCAAGCAGCAGACACAGCGGAGAUACGCCGGCGUCAAGCUGCUGCUGCGUGGAAUGGAAGGAUACGCGAAGCGAAUCCAGAGACACCAGACGGCAGCUGCGGUCGUGGCGUGGCGGCGCUGGGUGCGCGACGCGAGGGCGCAUGCAGCAGCGAGAAUUCAAGCGCUUUGGCGAGGCAGGCGUGCCAGGGAGGAAUUCAAGAGAGCUCAGACGCUGGCGGCAGUCGACAGAGACUUCAGAAGCCAGGUGAUACAGAUCCAAGCUGCGGUACGGGGCAUGAGGGAAAGGCGGAGUCUAAGGGAGCUCGGAAUCCAGCUGCCGAAGGAGAAGAAAAGGAACGCCGCAGCGGCCAAGAUCCAGAGUCUCUUUCGCGGGCACCGGGCGCGCCGGCGCCUCCGCCGUACGCUGGAGGGCGUGCGCAGUGUGACAGGCGAGGUGCUGGAAGCUCUGCAAGAAGUAGACGUCUCGGAGUUCAUUUUCCUGGAGAGCCUUCCUCCUGAGCGUUUCUCAGACCUUCUCUCGCUCUCGCUGCCGGCGCCUUCGUUCUACUUCCUACACGCGCGGGCGGCGUCAGUCCACCCGCUCGCCUCGCCCGUGUUUCUGCGACAGCAGCUGUUCCAGGGCCCCACCCAGGUGCCUCCUGGACAGACCCAAGCGCAGACCGCGGCCUCGAAACCUGAGAGCGCGCGCGAGGACGCGCCGCUCGCGCCCUCCGCUUUUGCGCCGCCGCGUGCGUCUCUGUUGGAUUUCGAGAGCCCUAUCUCUCUGCAGGCGGCCCUCUCGAGCUGCGAGCCCUCUCUGGAGCCUGCUCCGUCGCCUUUCCCCUGUGAGGACCUGGCGCCUGCAGGCCGCAAGGCGCCCCCGUCGCCGCAGCGAGGCCGCGCGUUCGGAUCGCGCCAGCCGUCUCGCGCACUCGAUGGCGCUACGCCGGUCGACGCAGACGAGGCGGCACGCGCUUGCAAGGCGAGGCCGCCGCUCUCGAGUCUCAGCCGGUUCUACCCUUCGUUCGCAGUCGCGCGCCUUCUCCCAAAGUCGCUGCAGACGAGUGUGGGGUGCGUGGCCGUCGGAGCAGGGGAAAACGAGGGAGAACGCGAGGAAAAGCAGGCGGACGCCGACAGGCUCGGAAAAGUCCCUCCUCCUCCAGCAGAGACAGAGGCGAGCUUCGGCGCGUGGCGGCUGCAAGGGACAGCCCAGUCGAGGGCGCUGCCGUCUCGCGGCGGGCAGCCCCCGGCCCCCGCGUGUGCGCCCACAGAAACGGCGAGGCCGUCACUUGCGAGGGAGACUCAGACCGCUGCAAGCGAGAAGAAUGCACCGGGGGAGCGAGCGCUCUCCCAAGCCACGAUGUUUCUGUGGAAGUCCUACCGAAGCGUUCUCUUGCCGUUCCCGUCCCCCGGACUCGCCGCGGUGCUGCUGGCGCACUCUCCCCCCCAAUCCGCGAGCGAAGUCGAGCCCUGGCACCCGCGAGAAGAGCCUACCAAGAGGCUGCCGCGGGCGCUGCUCGAGCCGCUGUUGCCGCAGCCGCGCGCGCACGGCCCUCUGGGGGGCGCUGGAGACGCGGUGCGGGAGACACCUUUCCCGCGAGGCCUGCCGGAGGCAGAGGCGAAGGCAGCGGGAGGAGGGAACGAACGGGGACUUCCUGGCGGUGUCGCGGGGGGUCUGCAGGCCUGCGAGUCUCCUACAGGAGAGCUCCCCACGGAUGCAACAUGCAAUGCGUCUACACUCCAGGGACUGUCCACCAAGCGGGUGACUGGGGCGAUUGGGCGGCGCGAAUGCCGAGAACCCAUGGCGGCGUCCCCUCCACCGGCGCUGGAUCACGAGCGAGAGGCGACACUUUGCUGCUUUGAGCAGCGGCAAAGCGUGAACACAUCUGUGCUCACAGGAGGCGCAAGCCUGGACUCGUUGUUGGCUCUCUGCUGCGUGGGUCGCUCCCGCAGGCAUGCGUAUGAGGCCAUCAGGCGGAGCGCGCGACAUCGGCAGAGCAGCCAGUCCCUCUGCAGAAGCGUUUCCUCCACGUCCCCCCCGAGCGCGGCGCCUCGAUCCUGCGGCUCCACAGCGCACAUGCUCUUCGCCCGCCUGCCGCGCGAGCUCUCCUCGCCGCUUCUCAGACCUUGCGGGCUCGGGGGCAAUUCCCCCUCCGCGGGAGACCAGAAGGCCGCGGUCUGUUCGCCGGCGCGCGCGGGCCGCCCAGGGGGGCCCCGCGGGGGAAGCCCUUCGCCUUGGGCUCCAGCGCGCAGCGCCGGGCGAGCGGCGCGUCUCGCCCCUGCAAGAGACGCGCAAGGCGAAGGCCCUAGUCCCCUCUGCCGGCGGGGCUCGCACUCGCCCCCGACACGGGCGCAGGGAGCGCCUGUGGACUCUGCUGGAGCGCCGCUUUGCGGCGGUACGAAUGGGCCCUUCCCAGACGAAGGCCGCGCCCGCAGCGGACUCUCCGCCUCGCCGCUGCACUCGUAUCGCACAAACGGUUCACAGGACUCGGACGCAGUUCGACUGGGUGUUGUUGCGACCAGCCAACCACACACGAGCGCGCCGGCUCCGCGACGAGACCUUUCGCUGAGUUCACUAGAUGCGAAGAGCACAACACACACACCAUGCGCCUCUCAGGCGCCCGAGCCCGCGCGCGCCCCCCGCCCCGCGGCGUCCGUGAGAGCGCUGUUUUCGGGGGAGAGCUGCAGCGAGAAAGCCGCGUUUUGGGGAGGCGCGGCGGUCUCUGUGUCGCGUCAGCAGCUGCUGCUUCGGCGAGGCACAACCCGAGCCGAGCGACUGCAAAUGACGCUAGAGAAGCACAUGCGAAAAACAGCUGGCAGCGUAGGAAGGCCCGCGUCAGCUGCUGAGGUUUCCGCACCGGCGAGCGAGCGAGUCACGUGCACAGGCGCGAGUGCAGUUGCACUCCCGCCGCGGGGGACAGGAGCCCCGCCCGCCGGGCCCGCGACCCACGGUGGAACAUCGCGGCAGGAGGUGAGGCACCACCUCGAGCGCGUGCGCGCGCAGAUGGAGCGGCUGCCGCGGACGAGAAAGGCGCAGGACUCUGUAGCGCGAUGGAAGCUGCUGCAGCAGGUGAAAGCUCUCGAAGCGCAGGAGGCUCGCCUUGCGCAGUGCAAACCCGACGGCGGGCACGCUGGAAACGAGUGA